CUAGCACGGGAUCAUCCAUCGGUCGGAUCACACAAGCCACAGACUCACCGUCAUGUCUAAGCCAAAGAGCUCCGAGUCUGUGCGUGUGGUGGUUCGCUGCCGACCCAUGAACAGCAAAGAGAAAACUGCUUCAUAUGAAAAGGUUGUCAAUGUGGAUGUCAAGUUAGGGCAGGUCUCAGUGAAGAAUCCACGGGGAACAUCUCAUGAACUGCCUAAAACUUUCACCUUUGAUGCUGUGUAUGACUGGAAUUCCAAACAGGUCGAGCUCUAUGAUGAGACCUUCAGACCUCUUGUGGACUCUGUUCUGCAAGGGUUUAAUGGGACAAUCUUUGCCUAUGGGCAGACUGGGACAGGGAAAACAUAUACGAUGGAAGGGGUGCGUGGUGAUCCCGAAAAGAGAGGAGUCAUCCCCAACUCAUUCGAUCACAUCUUCACCCACAUCUCACGAUCUCAAAAUCAGCAAUACCUAGUUAGAGCAUCUUAUUUGGAAAUAUACCAAGAAGAAAUCAGAGACUUGUUAUCAAAGGAUCAGUCCAAGCGACUGGAGUUGAAGGAGAGACCAGACACAGGGGUGUUUGUUAAGGAUUUGACCACGGUUGUUACAAAAAGCGUCAAAGAGAUAGAGCACAUCAUGAAUUUGGGCAACCAGAAUCGCUCUGUUGGUGCCACCAACAUGAACGAACACAGCUCACGAUCUCAUGCCAUUUUCCAGAUCACUAUCGAAUGCAGCGAGUUGGGACUGGAUGGAGAGAAUCACAUCCGUGUUGGGAAGCUCAACCUGGUUGAUCUUGCAGGCAGCGAGCGGCAGGCUAAGACUGGAGCACAAGGAGAGAGGUUAAAGGAAGCUACUAAAAUCAAUCUCUCUCUCUCAGCUUUGGGCAAUGUUAUCUCUGCCCUAGUAGAUGGGAAAAGCACACACAUUCCGUACCGGGACUCCAAGCUGACCAGGUUACUUCAGGACUCACUAGGUGGCAAUGCCAAAACUGUGAUGGUGGCCAAUAUAGGCCCUGCUUCUUACAAUGUAGAGGAGACACUGACCACACUGAGGUAUGCCAACCGUGCCAAAAACAUCAAGAACAAGCCACAGGUCAAUGAGGAUCCCAAGGAGGCUCUGCUACGAGAAUUCCAGGAAGAGAUUGCUCGGCUCAAGGCACAACUGGAAAAACGGUCUAUUGGCAAAAGAAAGAGGAGGGAAAGGAGGAGAGAUGGUGGGGAAGAUGAGGAGGACACUGAAGAGGGUGAGGAUGAAGGAGAUGACAAAGAUGACUAUUGGAGGGAGCAACAAGAGAAGCUGGAAAUUGAGAAGAAAGCUAUAGUUGAGGAUCACAGCUUGGUAGCGGAAGAAAAGAUGAGGUUGCUGAAAGAGAAGGAGAAGAAAAUGGAGGACCUGAGGCGAGAGAAGGAAGCGACAGAGAUGUUGAGUGCUAAAAUCAAGACAAUGGAAAGCAAACUCCUGGUGGGAGGGAAAAAUAUUGUGGAUCACACAAAUGAACAGCAGAAAAUCCUGGAACAGAAACGACAGGAAAUUGCAGAACAGAAACGUCGGGAGCGAGAAAUCCAGCAACAGAUGGAAAGUCAGGAUGAGGAAACCCUAGAGCUGAAGGAGACCUAUAGUUCUCUUCAGCAAGAGGUGGACAUAAAGACCAAAAAACUCAAAAAGUUAUUUUCCAAGCUGCAAGCUGUGAAGGCAGAGAUCCAUGAUCUCCAAGAAGAGCACAUCAAAGAGCGUCAGGAACUGGAACAGACCCAGAAUGAACUUACCAGGGAACUAAAGCUAAAGCACCUGAUUAUUGAAAAUUUUAUUCCCUUGGAAGAAAAGAAUAAGAUCAUGAACAGAUCAUUCUUUGAUGAAGAGGAAGACCACUGGAAACUGCAUCCCAUAACCCGUCUGGACAACCAGCAGAUGAUGAAAAGACCAGUAUCUGCCGUGGGAUACAAAAGGCCACUGAGCCGACAUGCCAGGAAAUCCAUGAUGAUUCACCCAGUGGCUCGGUACAGGGCAGAGAACAUUGUGUUACUGGAAUUGGAUAGGCCCAGCCGAACGACGAGGGACUACGAGGCUCCAGCCAUCGCUCCCAAAGUUCAAGCAGCUUUGGAAGCAGCUCUGCAGGAUGAAGAUGAGAUUCAGGUGGAUGCCUCAAACUUUGAGAGCACCUCAAAUAAAAAAUCAAAACCCAGGCCGAAAACUGGAAGGAAAUCUGUGGCAUCCUCAUCAGCAGGUGCCCAUGGUUCUCAGCACUACCCAGAGUCACGAGGGCUGGUUCCAAAGUAAAACCAGCAGCUCCUCUCCAGGGAGGGAACAGCCUUUGCCUUCUGGGACCAAGACAAGUACAAACCCGCAGAGAGAGCUCCCAGUCAGUCUCCAGCCCCUUUCCCUGGAGAUGGCCUGGUUGCUGUUUAACUGACUCAGGCCAGUCCAGGGGCACUGAGCCACAGGAAGAUCUGUGCUUGCAAUUCAACAUUUGGCCUCUGUGGGAAACAGAUUUUAGUUAGGAAAUCAGAAAUGCAUGAGGUACGUUAAAGUGUGUUAGGAGCAAUGGGAAGCAUGGGGAUCACCUCACAGCAUCACCGUCCUCCUCCUGCACCAGCCCUUCCGCUGCACUGAGCUGUUUGGCUGUUGGGCAAUAAGAAGACAGAGUUGCAAGUCAUCUCAACUGAACCAUCACUACAGAGCUCCACACUGAGAACCAAAUGAGAUUGAAAAGCAGAGGAUCUGUCCAAACUUGACUAAGUGCAUAGUUCUUCUUCUUUCCGCU